AUGUCAAACUCUUAUGAGCAGAGCCUUGAUGAGAAUGCAGUGUUCCUGCCGGUGAAUGAGUCCUCCCCAGAGUUCCUCCAUUGUGAGAAGGAGCGUCAAGCAGUGGAGAGACUAAUAAAUGCAGGACCAGAGGCCUUCAACAGCUCCAUCGAGACAGAGCGGUCCGGCUGCUUCCUCUCUUCUGAAGAGGUCAGCCAGAUAAGCAGCUGGUCCCAGGACUAUCGCCUUAACCCGAUACGUGUGCAAAGACAGGAGAAUGGAGAGGAAGGCAGUUUGGAGAUGGAGGACUUCUGUUCUACCUACUUCCCUUCCUACUCAGACAUACCACCUCCGAACCUGGAUCUAGGCUGGCCAGAAAAAAGCCACUGGGGGCCAAAGGCAAGCGUUACAGUCCACACCAGCCCUCCUGCUGAGGGAGAACCUCCUGUCAGACAGAUCAUCAGACAACACUUGCAAAAGGCUGGCCAAGUAAUUGCCAUUGCGACAGACAAAUUGACAGACGGUGCUAUAAUUGCCGAUUUGCACAAUGCUGCUUCCCGGGGUGUCCCUGUCUACAUCAUCCUGAAUCAAAGGUCCAUUCAAGAGAACUUCAUGCUCAACAGGCUCAGACAUCCGAACAUGCAGGUCCGUGUUCUUGGAGGGAAAACCUUCUGUUCAAGGACGGGAAGAACGGUGGUCGGGGAAAUGAAAGACAAGUUCCUUCUGUUAGAUUUAGAGACAGUGAUUCAUGGCAGCUACAGCCUCACAUGGACAGACGCCCACCUGCACCGGCAGCUGAUCACUGUUCUAAGCGGCCCAGUUGUCGACUCAUUCGACAGGGAGUUCAGGAUCCUUUUUGCUGCUUCACUCCCCGUCCCUGACACAUGGAGGGUUGAAGGUACUCAUGUACCAGAUGUGUCUCAUCGGCUGAAAGAUCGCUCAGAUCUCGUUUAUCAAAGACAUCACCAUUUUGAGCCUGAGAUUACCAAUCCUCCAUCACCACCUGCUGAUUCCCUCCUGGACUGGGAAGCCAUGGGGGUCAUCCAGAGUAAAGAGUUCAGUCCUCUUGAUCAACAUGAGGACAUCAUGGCCAAGGAAAUGCCACUGCAGAGCAAAAUGCUGUUUGAUAAAAACUCACCCUUUAUGGAUGGUUUUACUAACAAUGGAAACCAAUUUGUGGAUAAGAAAAGUAAUUUCCACUAG